AUGUCAAGUAGUUUUGAUCUAUCAUCUAAAUAUGAUGACUUCUUUUCCGAGGAUAAUUUUUAUUCAGCUUCAACAACAAGUCAGACUAGUUCCAAUCAUAUCAAAAAUUUACGAGAGUCAAUACAAAUUUCUCAUUCUAUAAGCACAAAAAGUCUUCGAGACGGGUUUGAUGACGGGCUUGCCAACUUGGUGAAGAAUGGCGGAGGCAAUGGCGGAAGCAAUGGUAAUAGAAAGAUGGCUACUACAAGUAAGACGUCAAUGAUCAAGUCCUCGCCUUCCUUGAAAGCAUUGGAGAAUAUUUUAAAUGAAAAGAGUAAAAAUUGCCAAAAACCAGCUGUAAUUCUUGAGGAAGAGGAAGAGGAGGUGAAAGAAAAGGUUGAGGAGGGAGACAAAUCUGAUUCAACUCAAUUUGAACAACUACAAGGUCCGGGAUUUUUUACCCCAGCAACUUUCCAAACCACUAAUGCAACAAACGACACCAUUGCUUCUGUUCAGUCGUAUGAAACUGCUAAUGAGACGAUGAUUCAAACACGUCAAUCUCACCAAAAUACCGAUAAUAAACAUUCUUCUUCUUCUGCUGCUACUAAUCAUAAACAUACAACGUCUACAGUGUCGACAAUUAGUGGCAGCGGAUAUAGCACAGACGACACUCCAGUGUUGGGUCAACCGCCAACUUUCCAAAGCUUUACUCCCCACAGCAUUGAAUCUCCACAAUUAACUGUCGUUGAAACUGGACAUACACCAAUAAUAAGUAACACGACCCCAAUUACUCAAGGUGCCGACGUCGACGCUGAUACUGACACUGACGCCAGCACUUUUUCCACCACACAAAAGAAGCCGAAGCGAAAGUCAAAGUCAAAGUCAAGGCCAGAAUCAAAAUCAAAAUCAAAAUCAAAGUCAAAGUCAAGGCCAAAAUCAACUAUUCAAAUUCAACGAGAUACCGAUGGUGGCAACGCAGAAGAAAAAAAAAUAUUACAAAAGUCAAGCCUUAAAUCCGAAACUUAUUUAUUCGCUCCUUCCAAUAAGACUUUUACCAAUGAAAUUACAGAUAUUGGCUCAGCAAGCAAUAUCGAUGAUACUCCAAACGACAGGAGCAUUAAGGGACUUGGUAUCAAACAGGUCAAUUCAAGCUUUGGUGAAUCCCCAAAUCACUUUAAUCCAAAAUUUACCUUUAUUGAACCACAGCGGGGAACCAAAAAAUUGAACGGUUUAGGUAACAUUGGCGGCACCUUGCCAUUAUCUAAACCGAAACUCUUUGCUCAACGUUAUAGUACAAAUACAAGUUUCAAUAAGCAAGACAUAUCACCGGUACUUUCUAGGGAUUCUCCAAGUAAGCAAAAGUUCCAAUUAGAGGAGUUUAACCCAGUUAUUGAUUAUUCACUGAAAUUCAACACUAUUUCGGAUAUGAACAAUCAAACAACAAAAACAAAUACAAAAACAAAUACCAAUACCAAUACCAAUACCAAUACUAAUACAAAAACAAAUACAAAAACAAAUACAAAUACCACUACAAAUACCAACACAAACACAAUGGCAAACACAACGACGUUGACGUCGGUGUCAUCAUCAUCAUCAUCAUCGAAAACAAAACAUAAAGCCAAUAGAGAAGCUGGUACAAGACCAGGUCUUGCUACAAUUCAAGGUUCUCCGCAUGCCAGAUCAAAUUCAAAUUUUUCAUUGAAUUUCACCAAAAAGGCAAACAAGCCCGAUGACCCAAAACCAUCAACUUUUAUCCAUAAAAGAAGCUCUACCAUGGAUGAUCUUAACAAAGCGAGCUUACCAAGCGAAAAGAAAAAGUUUAGCUUUAAAACCUUGUUUAAAUCUAUGUCAAAAAACCAUUCGUUGAACACAAGCGAGGGCAACUUUUCCGCAUCUCGGCAGCAGGCGAAACAAGUUACUAAAUCAAGCUCAACAGUUGAAUUUGUUACACAGGUUGAAAACAUUGAGCCUUUCGAACUUGCUCCACUUACCAAGACAAAGUCAAAUAAUUCAAUUAUGCACGUAUUUAAGAAAAAAUCACAGAAUCAACCUAGUAAUAAAGAUCAAGUGGCAGAGACGUCAUUGUCGACAAGUAAGAAGCCAAAAGAAGAAAAAAAGUUGCAGAAAACAACGGUAUCCGCCACCACUUCUACACUAGCUCCAGCACCACCCACCCUUCCGUCACAAAAUAAUACGCUACUUGCAAGACCAGGAUCAAUAAAUUUUAUUAGAGAAGUAAGUGAUAGUAACGUGGCAUUGCUGUUGAGAAAAAGUCAAAAUUUGAGCAAUGACUCAAAUCUGGAGGAAUCUGGCGACUUUGAAGAAGAAGAAAGAAACGAUCAUGAUGAUGAUGAUGAUGAUGAUGAUGAUGAUGCUGACAACGACCGCAUGUCCUUUAAUAAAGAAGAGGAAGAGAAUUUUGAUCUUUAUGAUUCAAAAAAUCUACUUGAGAAUCCCCCUACAAGGAGAUCUUCUAAUACUGAAUUUAGAGAAGAAACCCUGUUGAUACCUCCUUUAAUAAGCUCCUCACAGUUUGGAUCUCCAUUCAAGGUUGAUUAUCAGAGUUCUCCUUCAUCUGUUACAUUAAAAAAUCAGAAACAGUUGGCUAAGCAACAGGAGAGUUUAAACAUUUUGUCAGCAAAACUUGCAGCUCAUCAAUUUUCGCCUUCACCAUCUCCAGUUCCUAACAGAUAUCCAAGCUUGAAAGAAGACAAGAGUCAACUACUAUUGGGAGAGACUUUAUUUCCUAGAUCUCUUAGUCCACAUGAAGUUGAAAGUAUUGUAUCAUUAGAAAGAUCAAGGUCUUUAAGGUCAGUGAGGUCAAACAAACGAAAUUCGUUUGCCAAUUAUGACGGCAGCGAUGAUAAUAUUGUUCAUUAUAGUGGACCAACAGCCGCAGCCGCAGCCGCAGCAGCAGGUGGCACUGGUAAUAGUGGAAUAGCACGAAAAGGAUCAAUAUUGAAAAAUUCUACAAGCGUAAGAAGUCAUUUAGAUAUCGAAACUGAACCUAGUAUGAUAGAUGCUAAUGUAUCACAGCUGAGUGAAUUCCCACAAUAUGUCGACUCUACUGAUGGCAACUUCAAUGAUUCAAUCGAUUAUACCGAUUUCAUGGAGUUUAGUGAAUUUCUUGAUGUUGAUAAUUUAAAAUUGAGUUAUUCACCAACUCAGGGGGUAUCACCUGAUCCCGCUAGUCCUGCAAGUUCAAGAAGAGCGGCUGCUGUAUCUUUGGAACAAAACGUGAACAAGAAGUUGUUUGAUGAUGAUGAAAGUGAGACUAUGGCUACCACUACUCCUUCAAUUUUGAUUGAAGAAACCCCACAGCCAUCACUUCAUUUACAAAUGGCUCCUUUCCCCAAUAGUUCCAAGAGUCACGAUUCUCCGGUUCCAAUUAUUAUGGAAUCGAGAGCUCUUUCACCUUCACCACUUUCAACGAAACAAACAGAAACGCCCCAAACCAGUGUUGAAGUUAGUGAAGAUGGCGAACAACAUGUUACUGCGAACCAUAAAGCUUCAUUUUUGCCUGAUACAACCGUCGCUGAAGAUGAUGACGAUGACUCGCUUGAGUUUAGAGAUACAAGUGGUAUUUUUAAUGAGAAAAAUGGAAUUGAUGCUACAAAAACAUCGCCGAUAUUGAACACUGUUCUCAGGACAAACGCUGCUAAGAUAAGAAACAGUAACCGGCCCAUAUCGAUGUCCUUUAAAGGAUUGAGUCCUUCAACGUUUGCAGCUAAGAUGACUCAGCAUAAUAUGAGAAGUACCGACUCACAUCAGUCAUUUAACAUUUCUUUUAAUGACGAUUCAUCAUCUGUGGGAGCCGGUUUCGGUACAAACCCAGACGACGACGACGACGACGACGACGACGAUGACGACGAUGAAAACAAUGACAACGACGACUACGACGACGACGAUGACGACGACGACGAUUAUGAGGAGAUGGAUGAGGAUAACUAUGAAGAUGAAGAGGCUUUGUUAAGAGAAUAUGAGAAGGAGAACAUCGUUCCUGAUAAAAAACUUUUUCGGGAAUCCAUUAAACAGUCACAACAGGAACCACAACAGCAACAUCAACAGCAACAGAAAUCACAACAGCAACAGCAACAGGAACAGCAAGACCAGAGUGUAUGGACACCGCCAUCCAAGCUUACUCCGAAAUUCGGUAAGGAGAACAAUAGCAAUAUAAAUAAGAACAAUGUAUCAUUACCAGUACAACCACAUCCUCCUUUUGGACAAAAAUAUCUGCAUAAUAAAAUCCCAUCGAUAUCAGAUCAAUCAUCAACAAGUUCCUCGCCAAGGUCAUUUACUUCAAUGUUGGGUAAAUGGAAAAAGAAUAGUAGUUUUAGUCCACAGUUUCCAAGACCUGCUCCUCCGCCACCGCCACCACCAGUACCUCCAAAGCAGUCCGGUGUUCGAUUUAGUUCGAGGAUUAUAUUGUAUGAUACUUAUAACGGAGAAGAAUAUGAUCGUCAUCCCGACACUGCUACAUGUAACCAAUUGACUCCGUUAUUGGCGCAGCAGAUAAAGGAAGAGAUGAAUUUGAUUAAACUGGAAAUGGAAGUGCAUUUUGACAGUAGAUGUUAUACACAAUUUUUUUAA